CACAGAUCUGUUUAGAAAGCUAUCAAUAGAGGGUGCAAGCUCGUCUGCGUCCACGACGGCUUCCACCUGGAUAUUGGCAGGCCAAUAAUUUAGCUAAAAUGGCGCUGUGAACGUGAAAGAGAGACCCAUCUGUGGAACUCGAUUUGCAAAAUCAUGUAUAGGAUGUGAACAAGUAGGAGAGGGGCGUAGGCACCUGCUGCAAAUUCCAUGUAUCAACAAAUCGCCAUGAGGACAGAAUUGGCAAAUAUAUUGCCCAUCAAAAUCGUUACCAAGGCAAUUCAACUCCAAUGGCGGGUGUUCACGCUGCCGUGGACGACCUUCAUCUACUGGCUGUCGUGUGUCGCUUCUCUUCUGAUGCGCUUCCUUAUUUUGACUGGUUCACCUCCAGCAGAGUUCUACAGCAGGGCAAAGCUGAGGGAAGUGAUGAACGUUGUGGAACACCUGCACCAGAGGGAGGAUAACUACAGGCGUAAGAUCAAGGAACUUCAGGAAGAGCUGGAGGCUCAACAUCGUGAUAAGAAAAGGGCCCUGGCGAAGUUGCAGAAGGCAAAGAUGGAAUCCCAAGGCGGACAUGAGGGAUUGGGAGAGGGUGCAUCAGUGCACCGGACAGGCACGCAUGGUCCAGAGAAGAAUGCAAGGUGGGGCAUGCAUCUGAGCGUCCUGCUGACAAUUGUGGCAGUGGUGUUGUUCUUCGAGCACGGCCAGUGCCCAGUGCUGGUCCGCAAGGUUAUCCUGACCAUCCUGUGCCCGACGUGCUUCAUGUGGGUCUGGUCACUGUCCUCGCAUGCGCCUGGCAACUUCACUGGCGCGCUAUACUGCAGCUGCUGGUUUCUGCUGGGCUACCUGUUCAACGAGUGGACGAGGAUGAGCUGAUUGCUGAGAGCAUGUCCCCUGGCUUCCCUUUCUGUCAGAGAGAGCAGGGACUCCAAAUCAGCCUUGAAAUUUCAGUUGUUUCAGAGUCCCCUGCAGAGAGGACUUGGCAGAUUGCAGGCAGUGGGGGACAUUUGGCUGAAAUGCUGAGAAAGGCAAUGUGGGGCGUGAGGGCGGACUAUGUACCAAAGGCGAAGCUGAGCGCAGUGAGUGCAGAACAAUUGAGUUGUAUAUUGGCAAUAAUUGUAUGAGCUUCUGUUGUCAUGCAAGGAUUUUUCAAGGAGAGGCCAAUAGAGUAUGGUAGUAAGCAAAGGGAUGUGUCGCGCGUCUGGGAAGGACUAGCACGGGGUCAGCAAGGUAUAGAAAAUCGAUUGUUGGCCUUGUUGAACAGGGCACAAUCGAGCAGACCAAAGAUGCAGCUCUCACUACAGUAUAUAGAUUUCUCUUUGUUUUUUGAUAUUUGUAACCUAUUCUACUC